AUGGAACAAAGAAUUAUGCGAAUAGAAGAAAGACUUAACAAUGGAAAUCCAAAUGAUAUAAAUGGAUUUAAAAGCAGAUCAAAAUUACCAUCUCAAAAUGAAACUUUAGCAAAAGUGGAAAGACAUUUCCCUUCGUUGGUAAUCUAUGGGAAUCAUAGUUUAGUUGCCAAUUGCAACAAAGACUAUAGUGAAGUUUCGGUAUCAAUGAAUAAUGACGCCAUUUUGAAAGAUGAAGAUAUUGAAGACCCGCUUAAUGUUCUACUGACUAUUCAGAGUUUAUUAGUUGGAAAACAUGUUCGUUUUCAAGACCGGGGAAAUUUCCUAUAUUCCUGUUGUAAGACAAAUGCUCGCAGUUAUCUUACUGAUCAACGAGGUUUUAUUGUCGAUUGGACAACAGCUAUUGCGAAAUUCUUUCAAACCUUUGAUUUCGGUGCAAGAACCCAAUCCGAAUUGAGUGAACUUUCUCACUUCAAUCCUAAAGCAGGAGACGAUGCAAGAGAAUAUUUCGUAAACCUGGUUCAUAAAGGUAAAGCAAUCCGAGGAGCAUCUACAUUAUCUAUUGUUACCACUAAGAUUAAUGAUAUUUUGAUGCACGAGAAUCUGACUAUCGUACGUCCAAAUAUAACGGAUAUCCAUAAUUUUAUGGAGUUGUUCUUUCACGUUAAAACCAAUAUACCAAGAGGGAUUAUCCUUCAAGGCAAAUAUAGCAAACCAGGCUCUGCUCCAGUGUUUGCUAUCGACAGCUCCAAACCCAAAUCUUCCUCGUACCCUCGUCGUAAAUCCAAAUUUUCUACUGCAACCUUUUAUUGUGUCAAUUGUUCCUGUUCUAAAUGUUCUGGAACCAUUAUACCUUACAUGAAGAGAGGUUUCUCCAAAUAUAAGUGUGAAAGAUGUUCUUCAAGGAUAAGAAGUUACAAGAAAUCGAAUAUUGCAGAUAUGAAAGCCAACGUUUUGGAAACCGCAAACCAUCCUAUCACGACAGACGAUAGUAACACGUAUUAA